UUUAUGCCAGCAGGAUCUAGGACGUGUAUUGCGCUGCUAAUCCGUAAGCACAACACUAAUUUAUUUUAAUUAUGUCUAAUUGAUAGAGUUUGUUGUUAGCACGAAAUGUACGGCGGGAUAGUGAACGUCAACUCAUGAAACUGGAUAGUCUUUAUUUAAAUUAGUUACCAGAAUUCAACGAACAAGGCAAGGCAUAACGUUUCAACACACAGGAUCAGUUUACUACAUUCGUCGUGUGUGGCACUCUGUGUGUGUUGUGGCUCUGAUCUGAAAAAAAACGAACAAUCCACAACACACAAAACACAACUUCAUCCAGUCCAGUGGCACACCACCAAGGCCAAGGCAAAUGUGUAGGAUAACGGUGUAGAGUGUGGAGGACUCGCUCAGCUCAGAACGUUACCUUUAAGUAUACGACACUUGCCACAACAAAAUGAAUUAUGGAUAAUUCCAACAGAGCACCAACGUCUCCAGAAGUUCAGUUGUCAAACUAAAAAUAGUUUUUAGUAAAGAUGGCAGAAGCAGAGAGCUCUUAAAUGUUGUUGCACAAUGACAUCGUAUUCUGCGCAAGUAUUUUUCUUCGAUCAGAAGAUCAUUCUCAAACGAAAAAAGCGACGCAGGAAGCACCCAAAUGAGCUUCCAAGAAGUCUCCGUUUUGCCAAUCUCAAUCCUCGCCUUGCCGCUUUCCUGUCGAGUCAGGAGAGACAAAAAAACAAGAAAGCUCAGGAUGGGGAGUGCGGAGAGGAAGGGCAAGAUGGGGAGGACGGUGCAGAUGGAUUCGCUAAGCAUCUCCGAAGACGGGGCAGUUUGGACAGCUUGGAAGACGGGGAUUACUCCCAGAGGCAAAUGUACCACGAGGCGGUCGUUGCAGCUCCAACACUCCUAGUCCAACUUUCAAAAAUUAUCUACCUCUUUGAGAAGGAACACUUGGAUCUUGCCAGGGAGUUGGUGAACGAUUUGCAAAGCUCUUACAAAGGGCUUACCGCCGAGGUCCAGUACACAAAGUACGAGUGGCAGUGUCCAGAAAAUGCCUCGCGGGAAGACCAGAAGGAGACGGAGGGCGGGGUUAAGAAACGAGACGGUGACCAAGAAGAGAAUGGAGAAGGAGAUAAAGGGGAGAAGAAGAAACGCAAAAAGAAGAAAGCGGGGGAUGGUGACGAGGAUACAAAGGGUUCCCAGUCGGCAAUGGAUAGUACCGUAGGGAGUGCUAUGUCCAGCUAUAGAGACAUGCAGGGUACCAGUAGCUCAAUGAUGCAGUCAUCGCAAAGAGCAAGACCUAAGACUGAGAAGAGUAAAGUACAGCUCAAAGCUGAAUCUGGUGUAAAUGUAUCUGAUAGGAGAGCUUCUACUGCGAGUCAUAGGACGUCUGUUCCACUGCUGGGAGAAGCACAAUCUGAAGUUGUCCACCAGCCCAACUUUCUCCAAGUCAUCAGCUUCUCAAUGUCUUCCAAGAUCUGCGAGGAAAAAGGAUGGAUCGUGGAGAAAGAGGAGACAGAGAAAGAGUUUGAGCAGCAGACAGUGUUAGAAUGGGCCAGAGAAAGACUCCAGCAAGCUAUGGCAUUAGCCCAAGAACAGCUCCAACGCGAGAAGGAUCUCGGUCGAGAUCGCCCGUUGUAUCUUCGUUACUAUGGUGACGCUAAGCGAGAAGCCAUUCUGAAGUACACUGGGAAGCGAGGGAACAGUAAAUCACAGAGCCACAGCGCUGGAAGGAUCAUCGCUCCAAAGUUACCCCAGGUGUCUGGUGUAACAGGCCAGCAUAAAGUCAUCACUGGUCUACCUGAUGGCACCAUGAACAUCUUCUAUCCAUCAGGCAAUUUAGCCAUUAUUCUAAGUAAAGCUGGCUUUGGUCGUCCCGGUUAUUACACCAUUGUAUAUAAUGACAAUGAUAGCCAUGAUAUGCUGGCUGAGUUUACUCCUACUGGACGAGGAUGUUGCCAUCAUCCCAAUGGCAUUAUUAGAUUCUUGAGCACCGAGAAAGGAGGCAUGGUGAUAGACACAGAGGGCGUGGUCACUCGCAAGUGGGGAUGGCCCCUCCCUCAUCUACGCAUGGCCACGCCCAUAUUCUUCCAUCUGAAUCAUAACAUUAGCUUUAGGUGUCACAAUAAGACACAGAUGACCUUGACGUUCUUGUGUCACAAAGAGACGGCGAAGAUUCAAGUGGGUCAGGUCAUGAUGGCAGUUGAGCCAGUUACUCAGGAAGAUAUGGGAUAUUUGGAAACAGAAGAGGCCUUCCAAUCUAAUGCAGCAAAGGAAAGUAUCAGACCUCCGCCAGUUGUUAAGAAAGCGCCCAAGAAAGAAGCACAAAGAUGGAAGGCUAAAGGAACCCCGUUUAUUCAUCCGAAGGUAGCUAAGAUAAAUACCUUCAAGGAUCAAGUAGCGGAGAUUGCUAAGAGUCUUGAGAUGGAAGAGAAGACAGAGUAUGGAAUCCCUGCUGAGAAGGAACUUGCUGUGUUAAAUAGAAAAGCUAGGCUUGCUUGUGAGGACUGGAUGGAUCAUUAUCGCAUUGCUGUCGGCAUCAUGCAUCUUAUGAAUGACUCAACCCUUCCCAAGCGAAGGAAACGGGGCGUCCAAUCUGCAAAAGCAACUGUCACAAAACCUCUCAUUGAAGACGUUACAGACGCAGACUCCCCGAACAAGACACGAUUCGCCAAAGCCAGGGUUCCGUCCGCACCUCUGAUGUCCUCGUAUAAGAAACGACCUUUCAGCACGGUGUCUUCAUUAUCAAUGAGCAGAAGCAGCCGCUCAACGAGCACUCGAGCUCUUGAUAAACAGGACCGAGUAAGAAUUGAUGUCGAUGACCAAGGAGCCACGCCCAAUCCUUGCACACCGGCAGCAUUCUCAAUCAGCGGGACAAAUGCAGGUGGUGGUGACAGAUCACAUAGUCCAGCUAGCAGGAUUGCUAUGUCAGCUGUAAGCACUGAUCGGAAGAAGCCAUCCCCGCUUACUGGCUGCCCAGUUGCUCUACGAGCUGAGAUGUUAGGAGACACAAUGGCAACUUGUCGUUGUAGUCGCCAUAGGAUCCCUAGCAUCAAUGACAUGGAGUUACAGCGCUUCCUGACCAGGGAGGUACCAAAGUCACAGCUGAUUGUGAUAUGUGUGACGUCAUCCCUGCUGCCUGAUGGGCUCCCAUGCAGUGCUAUGCUUCUUAGCUUGUACGAGAGGCAAAAUAGGAACAGAACCAAGCCGUGUUAUCAGAGUCGUGGUGAUUCUUAUCGUAUGCUGAUGUAUGAUGUGUCUUCAGCUGGUGACCAAACAACAACUGGUAUGCCGAUACUCUUCACCCAGCAUAACGCCAUACCAGGGAUGUUUCUUAUCUAUUCUAACACCAAACUGCUGUUCUGCGAUCAUAUCUUCAAUGGGUACGGCAAUGCCAAGAAGGAUUUUCAGAAGCAAUUGUUGAAGUCAAAACGAGAUUCCAACUUGGGCAAUAUACUCCCUCCAGACUUCCACUUUAGCCCAACCUAUGGGAGGCGAGGCGCCCGUUCGGCAUGGGGUGGUGAGAUCGGUGGCACCAGGGAACGUCGCUUCUCUGGCUUCCCUAAACUAGGUGCAAGCCAAGGAGGUCAAAUGUUAUCUGUAGCCUCCAGUCCAGACCACAGUAGGUCAUCCAGUGCUACAACCUUGGAGCAAAUCACAUUACUAAGGCCUGCUACAACAUCAAGAUUGGCAGACAGUACUGCAGCAGACUUUAUGUCUUUGAGUCUCUCUUACAAUGGCAGUAUGCAAGUUGCAUCUUGAAGAAGGUCACCAACACUUCAUUUGAGAUGUCUUCAUCAAGCUUCCUAAAUGUAGAUGUAGAUACAGAUACAGACGAAAACCCAAAGAAACCAAAUGUUGUUUUGGUAAAAAUUUUCGUCAAGUCUGGAAUGUCAUCUUUGAGAGGGCAAGGCCAUUUUCGCUUCGCAAGUGGACACUUCGCCUAGAAAAAUUUAACAGUUUCUUUAAGUCUGGGAUUUCAUCUUAAAGAGGGCAAGGUCAUUUUCGUUUUGCAAAUGGCACUUCCACUGGAAAAUCUUCAAGUCUAUGGGAGACUUUUGCAGUGGCACCAAGGGGCAAGACUAGGGCAACAUACAUGCAGACCUCGUGGUCCCUGUAUGUGUACAUGUAUAUCAAGAGUUUUUUCUUUUUUAUUUAAAAUAGAAAAAGAAUGUCAUAUGUAACUUAUUCUAUUCCCUUGUACAGUCAAUAGUCUUUCAGAAAAUGUUUGUGCCAAAGAAUAAAUAGUUAAAGAGCAGUCCGGCCGGCGCAUGCAAGAGUUAAAUUGCUCUUUUGAGUAUAUGUUGUUUGAAUGGAACAAGUGGACUCGACGUUUCGAAAGUACUCGUUGAAGAUUGCUAGAUUCCAACUUGGCCUGUGGAGUUUUAAUCUUAAUCAAGGCCGCCUCGCUCUACUCAUGUAGUUAGUUUAUGCAGUUAUCCACGCACAGAGUUCCUCAUGAUGAUAUACACGCACACAGCUGUGUUAAGGGUCGCAACCGAGGACAUCUCUUUGUUCUCCCAUUGUUUGGACGUUUAUUUUUCAGACUUACCCAUUGGUUUUGUUCACGAAAUCGAAUCGAGGAAGUCCUCGGUGCGACUUUGUCCCGGAUUCCUUUUGUUAUAACCCUCUCCAAGUCCUCGGUUUGAUUGCUUGGACAUGCCCACGCUCACAGUCCGUCAGGAUGGCACAUGCACACACUCUGAACAGUCCUCGCACAAAGUAUGACAGGUUCAGGGUUGUAUAGCCACGGUGCAAGGGUGGCACAUGCACACACUCUGAACAGUCCUCGCACAAAGUAUGACAGGUUCAGGGUUGUAUAGCCACGGUGCAAGGGUGGCAAAUUUAACAGUUUCUUUAAGUCUGGAAUUUCAUCGUAAAGAGGGCAAGGUCAUUUUCGUUUUGCAAAUGGCACUUCCACUGGAAAAUCUUCAAGUCUAUGGGAGACUUUUGCAGUGGCACCAAGGGGCAAGACUAGGGCAACAUACAUGCAGACCUAGUGGUCCCAUGACAGGCUCGCUCCAAUAGCCCUUUAUCAGGCUGCCUAUACCUUGGUCAUGUUUCUCGUAUCGAACAACAAUAAUGAAUGCUAAGAAUCACUUCGCAAAUAGGAACCAGACUAUUUUGUUCAAAUGGGAAAAGUUCAAG